AUGGCCGUUGAUUGUGUCGACUCUACUGGAUUGAUUAGACCGAUCAUGGCGCAGUUUUGGACAGCCACAGAUCAGCCAAGCACUGCUGAUCACAAUACGAACACUCAGAGCCAAGCCACCUUCGGCAUGUUCGGCCAGAACAGUCAAUCUUCCAGUCCACGCAACAAGCUGGAGACCAGCAAUAACAUGUUCAGCUGCUGGAGUCCGAUCAUGGACGAGAAGGUGGACAAGUCAAGAGAGGCCGUCUGGUCCAAUGUCUACAACUGGAUGCAGAGCUCUUCUGAAGUGAGUAAAAUUUAAAUUUAAAAAAGAUUUUAAAAUUUUAAAAUAUCAAAAAGUGCUUCUCAACUAUACCAAACUAGUGUAAAGUACUACAAUAUCACUAGCUCCUGACUCUUCUGAUAAGCCCUGUUUUCCAGACGUUUUUAUUAUUUUAAAUAGUGACCUUUUCCUUCUUAUUUGUUUAAACUUUUUGAUUCUAUUUUUUGCGUUUCUCGUGGCUGGACGGGAACACAAAAAGUUCACAGCGAAACGACCAAGCACGGGCUGGGACGGUGAGUGUGAGGAACGCAAAAAACGCCAAAUUGGCGGUGAUCAAGAUCAUUUGGGCCAUAAAAAACGGCUGGGUGAGAUACUGAUGGCAAAAUUGUGUCUGGGCUCUGUUCGAAAAGUGCAAAGACCUCUUUCUUCGACCAGAGUCAUGUGUUUUUAAAUACGAAAUUCAACCAAAAAGUGCACCGAUUUCAGGAAAUGUGCACUUUUCGAAAAUGGCUUUCUGAGGCAAAAAUUAUUAUUUAAAGACUGGUCUGAGCUUGCAAAGUAGAUGUUUUGAUAUAGUAAAGGGUCAUAAGAUGGGUUUGAUACGUUCAAAGUCAUUUUGAGUUUAUAUUAUAGUCUGCACUUCUAUCACUUUAAAAAUGAGUAAAUUUCAAAUUCUUUUGUUUCCUGUAUUGUUCAAGUUGCGCUUGAAUGGGAAUCUAGUGUACUUUUUCCCCUUUCACUGUAAACCAUUUGAAGAAAUGGUGCAAUACCAAGAAGGCUUAAGGGCAUCAGAAGGACUAUUGUACUUGGGUUCGACCUUUUUGGCGGGCAAUUUCAUCUUUUUGCUUCCUUUUAUGUGUCCUCGGAGCGACGGGAAAAGAGCCGGGGUGGUGCCUGGUACGGAGCGGAACGCCGCCCGUCCCCCCGUCGUUCCCCUCGCCGUCCUUUUUGCGUCGUCGUUCGCUCUUUUUUAUGGACCGUUUUUUGCCUUGCACUUUUUUCCCAGCUCUUCAAAAAACGUCUCUGUGUGUGUGUUUUUUGUGGAACAUUAAAUGAGAACGUUCCUGACCCCACCGUCUUCCUCUUUCUCACCCCUUCGACCUGCUGCGAUUUGGUUCGGAGAGGAAGGUGGUGAGGGGUGUAACACUAUCAGAAAUAAAACUAACCAAGAGGUACGUUCUGGCACGGGAACGAUCGCCACAACAAACACGAAACAAAUUCCAAAAAUAACACAACAAUAACACCGUUAGCCGAGAAUUAUGAAAAACACCCCGUUACUAAGCUAAAAACCUUUACCGAAGGAAAACACUCGGUUACUGAGUAAAAAAAAUCUAUUUACAUGAGGAAAACACCCCUAACCGACUAAUCUUUCAGAACUCAAGCAGUGAGGAGUGUAAUGAAAGUACUCAAUCCGGCUCCGACUCCAUGCUCCAAUUGUCGCCACAAGCUCCGGUCUCGAAUCCUUGGUCGAAUCUGGACGAUCAGACCCUCCCCACCUUCACUUCCACUGCCAGACUCCCAUCCUCAACAUCUGCCCCGUCGUUCCAUCAACCAUAUGCCAUCAGACCGAACGAUGAGAACGUUCUCCAUCAGAUGCUAAACCUCACUUUGGAAAGCCCAAAGGCCAAUGGCUACAGAAAGUGGAGCACCGAAGAGCCCCAAGAGUCUCUACAAUCCCCGUCUGUACAUUACCCCAGUAACUACGCAGCCUACACCAUGAACAAGCCCAGAGAUAUCACUGAUCUGAUCGAACAAUACGCUUUAUCCGACAUUAACCCCCAGAAAGAGCACCAGUUGCACCAGUCCCACUCUCAGGUCUGGUCGAAUGAAGUCGACCAAGACUACUUCAAUCCUUCAAAAGAAUUCAGACAGAACUACAAUCAAAGACACGCAUUCCAACCUCUCAACUCUCACCAAUCCUAUCACACCUCUCCGAAGCCGAGAAACGGUGUAGCGUGCGACGAAGCCGAGCUCCAAUGGUACCACCAACACCUGGAGCUGCAACAGAAUGUGUACAACCACAUCUACGGUAUGCUCUUGUCCGGUCAAGUUCCAGUGCAAAACAAGUCUGGACGAAAGAACGAGAAGAUGAACAACAAGUCGUACCAGAAGAACCAAUCUCCACCUGCUCCAAUCUCACCUCCAAUAGCUCACAAUGCCACUUUUGAACAACCACGACGUAGCCAAGCCGAGCUCCAGACCAAGCUCGAGUUGUGUACGGAUCAGUACCGAUCUCUGGAGAAGGAGAGGAAGAAGACCGAGGCCGAGUUGGCCAAGCACAACCUGGGGAAGAAGAUCAGUUCGGCCAACAACCUCCCCAUCCCGCGCCUCCCACCCGCCCCAUCUCGGGUCGACCGGUUGGUGGUGGACUUCUUCAGAGAACAUGCUCGUGUUAUCACUCUGAUCAGUCGGAUGGAGCAGCUGAGAGGUGUUCAGUUUGGAGACAAGGUGCACGAGACCUUGCGGGAGUUGUUGGACUCCAUCAGAUUGCUACAACAACGACGACUGAGCGAGAGAAAUGCCAUUCUCAGCCAUCUGCGCGGUGAUGUGGGCACUUAUGAUGAGGAGAAAGGUAAGAUAUUAUAGUAAAAAGAUAUAUUUGUACCAAAAUAUUUCUUAAAAUGAGCUUUUUAAGUGACGAAAAAUAUAAAGUAUCUUUUAAGCCAGCUAAAAAAAUUAAAAAUCCGUUUUUCAGAAUCUGCCAACCUGGUCGAAGCCCUCGUCAACGUGACCAAGUGUGUGGUUCGAGCUCGUGCCGUCAACUGGUGUGCCCUUAUCCAUACCUUGGGUCCCGAGUCGCAUCUGCAGCGGAUGCAGUUGGAGAGGAUCGAAGCCCUGAACUACCAGUGCGAGCCUCCAGAGAUCAAGUCACGCCCGCUCCACGCAUAA